AUGCGGCUUCCCGAGUGGCGCAGUGGUCUACGCAUCAUUUUCCAUUCUUCUAAUUUACGGAUAGCCAGGGGCACACUCCACCGCUCCACCGCUCCACCGCUCCACCGCUCCACCGCUCUACCGCUCCACCGCUCCACCGCUCCACCGCCCCACCGCUCCACCGCUCCACCGCUCCACCGCUCCACCGCUCCACCGCUCUACCGCUCUACCGCUCCACCGCUCCAACGCUCCACCGCUCCACCGCUCCACCGCUCCACCGCUCCACCGCCCCACCGCCCCACCGCCCCACCGCUCCACCGCUCCACCGCUCCACCGCCCCACCGCCCCACCGCCCCACCGCUCCACCGCUCCACCGCCCCACCGCCCCACCGCCCCACCGCCCCACCGCCCUACCGCUCUACCGCUCCACCGCUCCACCGCUCCACCGCUCCACCGCUCCACCGCUCCACCGCCCCACCGCCCCACCGCCCCACCGCCCCACCGCUCUACCGCUCUACCCCAGGGGCACACUCCACCGCUCCACCGCUCCACCGCUCCACCGCUCCACCGCUCUACCGCUCCACCGCUCCACCGCUCCACCGCCCCACCGCUCCACCGCUCCACCGCUCCACCGCUCCACCGCUCUACCGCUCUACCGCUCCACCGCUCCAACGCUCCACCGCUCCACCGCUCCACCGCUCCACCGCUCCACCGCCCCACCGCCCCACCGCCCCACCGCUCCACCGCUCCACCGCUCCACCGCCCCACCGCCCCACCGCCCCACCGCUCCACCGCUCCACCGCCCCACCGCCCCACCGCCCCACCGCCCUACCGCUCUACCGCUCCACCGCUCCACCGCUCCACCGCUCCACCGCUCCACCGCUCCACCGCUCCACCGCCCCACCGCCCCACCGCCCCACCGCCCCACCAGAUAAAGGGUCUCUGCCCCCCCACCCAGAGAUAAAGGGUCUCUUCCCCCCCCAGAGAUAA